GCUAGCCUGACUUCUGAUGGUCCUGGUAUAACUAAAUUCACUCCAGUUGAUUCUCCUUUACCACGUCCAGAGGAGGUUAAUCCUGAGAAGCUAUCAUUAGCUCUAGAACCAGAAGUAGCUGCUAUAUAUGCACAGCAUCAGUCAGAAGUACCAGGGUCCCCUCCACAAAGAUAUAUGGUAGUUGAUAUAGGAGGAGGUACAGUUGAUAUUACUGUACAUGAUAAGAGUAAUGGGAGAAUUAGUGUAGUAUUACCACCAAUGGGCAACAACUGGGGAGGCACAACAGUCAAUGAAGCUUUGUCAAAAUUGCUACAAGAAGCAGUAGAUGAUAAAGGUUUUGAGUCUUUUAUAAAAUCAGAUGCUAGUAACAUAGCUGAAAUAAACAAACUGGUCUAUGAAGACUUUGAGGAACAAAAAAAAAUAUUUGGAAACGCAACACCAGGUAUUGAAGAAAUGGUACUUGAAUUACCAAGAGCUUUCAUAAGAAAUUAUGGAGGCAAUGUAAUCCGUGAUGGAAUGGAGCAAGAGAAGGUGUACUAUGAUCCUGGAGAAGGUGCAUUAGAAAUGGAAUAUGCCCAAUUAGAAAAGAAGAUAUUUAAGUCCACAAUAGAUAAGAUCAUAGAGUGUGUGAGAGCAGCAUUUGAUGAGCUUAAGCCUGAUGGAAUCGAUACCGUUUAUCUAGUAGGAGGGUUUGGAGGGUGUAGGUUUGCUAGUCAAAAAAUAGAAGAAGCUAUCGCUCAGCAUCGUGGCAUGCUUUAUGAUAAUAUAGUGUGUCCUGUACAACCAGAUCUUGCUGUUGUAUCAGGAGCAGUAAUGUGGAGGAAAGAUCCUGACAUAAUCCAAUCACGUGUUGCUGAUGCUACCUAUGGGACAAGUGUUGCUCCAAUAUUUAACCAAUCAAUACAUGAUAAACAUUACAAGUGUAAAACUGAAGAUGGUGUACGACUUUGUAACAAUGUUUUCGAAGUUUUCAUACUCAAAGGAGAAGUAAUAAAGGAUGAAGUGUAUAGAGCAUCAUUUAUACCUCGUUCUCAAGGCCAGACACAACAGUCUAUCGCUAUAUACUGUACAACAGAUGAUGGAGUUCAGUAUGUAGUAGAUAAAGAAGACAGGCCAACGGUACAUGCAAUAGGUCAGCUAAUACUUGAUGUACCUAAUCCUAAUAAUCUACCAAGAAAAGCAAGAGAAUUCGACGUAUUUAUGGAUUUCAGUGGCACAGAGAUACAAGCAAGAGCUCAGUAUCGUAUCACAGGGGAAGAAGUGAAAACA